GCCCUUCUGUCCCACCCUGUGCGCAGCGUGGUGAUCGGUGGUGCGCUGUGUCCAAUCACAGCUGAUCACAUCAGCACCACCUGUCAGUGUUCAUCAGUGCCAGCUCUCUGUGCUCAUCCAUGGCCCACCUGUCAGUGCCCAUCAGUGCCACAUAGCAGUGCCCAUCUGAGCUACCUUUCAGUGUCACCCAUCAGUGCCACCUAUUAAUGCCAGUCAGUGCCACCUAUCAGUGCUGCCAAUCAGUGCCAGUCAGUGCCGCCUAGCAGUGUGCAUCAGUGCCGCCUAUCAGUGCCCAUUCAGUGCUGCCUAUCAGUGCCACCUAACAGUGCCAGUCAGUGCCGCCUAUCAG